CCGUGCGUGGUGAACGUGCGGUACUGGAGGGCCACUUGUCCUGCCAACCCCGUGCCACCCCAUCUCCUCCUCCCUUAGUUUAUCUCUGAAAGAACUGUACUUUUUGGGGGACGGAUUUUCUUAAAAGCUUUUUGAUGCCAUUCUGAUGAAGCCUAUGGACUCGCAGAGUAAAGUUUGUAGAUGGAUAAACUGAGACUCCAAAGUAAACCAGUGAGACUGAAACAGUUUUCUAUAUGUAUAAACCCAGAAUUCAUGUGACAGUGGAACCUCUGGAGUAUUACAGGAGAUUUCUGAAAGAGAACUGCCGACCUGAUGGAAGAGAACUUGGUGAAUUCCGAACCACAACUGUCAACAUAGGUUCAAUUAGUACGGCAGAUGGUUCUGCUUUAGUGAAACUGGGAAAUACUACAGUAAUUUGUGGCGUUAAAGCGGAAUUUGCAGUACCACCAAAAGAUGCCCCUGAUAAAGGGUAUGUUGUUCCUAAUGUGGAUCUACCACCCCUGUGUUCAUCGAGAUUUCGGUCUGGACCUCCUGGAGAGGAGGCCCAGGUGGCUAGCCAGUUCAUUGCAGAUGUCAUUGAAAAUUCGCAGAUAAUUCAGAAAGAAGAUUUGUGUAUUUCUUCAGGAAAGCUCGCUUGGGUUCUAUAUUGUGAUCUCAUCUGCCUUGACUAUGAUGGGAACAUUUUGGAUGCCUGCACAUUUGCUUUGUUAGCGGCUUUAAAAAAUGUACAGUUGCCUGAAGUCUGUAUAAAUGAAGAAACUGCUUUAGCAGAAGUUAAUUUAAAGAAGAAAAGUUACUUAAAUAUUAGAACUCACCCAGUUGCAACUUCUUUUGCUGUGUUUGAUGACACUUUGCUGAUGGUUGACCCCACUGGAGAGGAGGAGCAUCUGGCAACAGGAGCCUUAACAGUAGUAAUGGAUGAGGAAGGCAGGCUCUGUUGUCUUCACAAACCAGGUGGAAGUGGACUGACUGGAGCUAAACUUCAGGACUGUAUGAGCCGAGCAGUUACAAGACACAAGGAAGUAAAAAAAUUAAUGGAUGAAGUAAUUAAGAGCAUGAAACCCAAAUAAGCAACCACAUUUUCAAAACAGAUUUGUAAAAACUGUAUUUGUUAGACUGUGCACAAACUUUUUAUACUAAAUAAAUAUCAAACUACACUCUUCUGAAAA